CUUGCUGAGCUGACUCUUCGUCGCAAAACCCGACGCCAGUUCGAUUCCCAAGUCCUGCAUUUCCUUUUCUCUCUCGCAUCAGCCUUGUCAUUUCUUCAUCUUACUUUAUUACGCUGUGAAUCGUUGGUGCAGAUUAAUCCGAUCCGAAGGCCAUUACUUGCCCUCGUUGUCUAAAAACGGGCAUGGUCGUAAGUUCUAAGCUUCGCGUCGGUCACUGCGGCGGAAGAAGUAGAGAAAAUGGCGGCGCAAGGGUUUGACAAGCUACUUGAGUAUCUUUUAGAUCAAGUUACAUAUUGUGGUACAGAUGGAGCAAACACAACCGACGUGAAACGGUUCAUCGAUGAUUUCUACAGAUCGAAGGAGAAUCCAGUUUCCGAUGAGCUCGAUAUUGUGUCGACGACGCAUCCGAAGACUCAAGUCGACCGCCAUCUACAGGAACAUGUAUGGAACUGGCUCAUUGCUCAACCUGGGGUCUUUAUUGGUGAGGGUGACAUUCCUACGUCUCUUAGCCUAAGAGCAGUUGAAGAGCUCGAAGCACGCGAGUCGAUGGCGAAGACAACUGCACAGCCUUCUGACACCGGACGCAAGACGAAAAAAACCAGUAAAGCAAAGUCGGUCACUUUUGAAUCCCCAAACAAGACAUCGAGUCCAGGCGCUCCCAGAAUUCAUGUUAGUGAAGAGAGGAUAUGGAAGGCUCUUACAGGACAUGAGAAAGACUUGAGGCGAGUUCCGCUCUAUGAGUUCCAGCUGCUGUCCCGAAUUGGCUUCGCCGGUUCGGAUGGUAUAUUGCAACCAGUGCUAGUCAUUGAAAGCGGACAAGAUAAGCGAUCUGUGCCAAAACGAACUGAUCAACUUCACGCAAAGGGCUACAUCGAGAAACGAGGCGUGCUCUCUAGCGACCGCAAAGCACGAACCAGUCUACUGACCUUGAAAUGUCUCGUCAAAACCAAGAGUGAUGAUGAUACCCCUCACGAUGAUCCCAAGCGACCCUUUAUGGAGAAUGGAAGUCUUGACUACCUCAAAUUCCUCGAUUUUAUAAUGCAUGAGGUUCGUCAACAUGGCAAAGUUAUCGCCCUGUCAGACUUGUACCGUGAUUUAGACGCCUAUGGCAAUGUGCAAAGAUGGAAACGCAAAGUUGUAUCUCGUGCACUGAAACGACUAUGCGCCAUUGGCCUCGCUGACAGAUUACGCGCAAAAGACACCAGAUUUCCGAAAAGAUACCACAGGUCCUUGAGAAUGCUCAGAGAUCCAACUCAAGCAGAUCGUGAAGCAUUCAGUACCUUCGUCAGCAAGCCGACUCGUACAACACGGUUCCAAGACGAAGGCGACGGCGCUGACGAAGAGGAUAACGAGGACGAAAACGAUGAGGAUGUUGAUACGCAACUUGAAAAAGAAUUCUAUGCCGGUGACGAGGAAGGCGAUGAGCUCAUUGAAGAAGAUGUCUUUGAAGUUGAAAGAGUAGCAACUUGGUCUCCAAAUUUCUCAAUUGCCAAUCAGUUAUUCAGAGGCAUAGAGUCUGGCGGAUCGUUGGGCUUAACAGCUAUUAUGACGAGAGCUUUGAUAUUCGGGCAAUUCUGGAAAAGGCCCAUGGAGAGCGUGCUGAGUAAUCUCACUAACGAUUGGCAAAUUAAUCAGCCUCCUCAUCUUCAGCACCUCGCCAUUAUCCGGGACACGGAACAGAGUAUAGAUCAGAGAGGUGCACAUUUUCUCUAUCGGUCAUAUGGCCACUACGCCUCCUUGGUAGACGAAGGUCUAGUGAACUGGGAUGCUGUCACCAGGGCCUCCGACAUUAAAGCAAAAAAGGUCAAAAAACCCAAGAGAAACACAACGCUUGAUGCAUGGGGCUUCCCACAACAAUUUGAAGAAGGCUUCAUUUCCAAAACUGGUGUUGCUAGUCUCGCGGAAGGGACGUCGAUAAUCAAUCUAAAAGCGAAGUUUCGCUUCGAUGGCAGCAAGAUUGGCCAACGCAUGCAAUGCGGUGGUCCACGAAUCGGGCGGCCUCCUAAGGCUGAGAAGUCUCGGCGGGAAUUAAAAGAGGAGAAACAACUGAGGGACUACCUAGAGGUUGUCAGAGAGCAAGCGCGCAACCUGGUUCGACAUCGUACUUUGCAAAGAUACAGAGCACAUCCGGACAUCAUACCCGAACUCCCUCAAUUGCCAAAUGAAAGAAGCAAACCAGCGAGUCACCAGCCGUCCGAAAAUAAAAAGGCUCCCAAAAUCAACGGUAAAUCACGCGGCGGACGAAAGCGAAAGCUCGACAAUGAAGUCGUAGCUGAAGUCGCAGCUGAAGACUCAGCACCUGGUGCCGCAAAUCCAGUAAUCAAUCCGGUUACGAAACGAAGAAAAAUCGGGGAAAAUGAAAAGCCUCAAGCAGUGUAUGACGUGGAUGCAGAUUUACCUACCCAGGCUCAAGGUUGUCCAGCACAGAUUGUAGGUCUGGAUCAACAUGUCACAGCGAACGCCGCGGACGUGUCCCACGAGAUACAGUCAAAUGAUGUUAUAUCGAGGAGCCAAAUGACAUUCGAGGAAAUUGAAGCAGAAAUUUACAAGAAGCUGGUGACUGAAGGUCAGGUGGAGUCGAUGUUUCGCAAACUUCUACGCAAAGAAGGACCAGGACUGUAUAUCAACCCACCUGGUUCCGAGAGAACAUACUCAAAGCAAGGCCGCCCUAGUAAAGGUCUCAUUCUGGUUUUCAAAUUCUCUAAGCUUGCGGACUUUGAGUGGUUCACGAGUACUGGUGAUGCAUCGUCAAAGGCCAAGCAUCAGCACACCCAGCACGACUUGCCUGCGGACAUCCUUAGACUGAUUGGUGUUGACUGCACAGAAUCAUGCGAGUCAACGGGAAACUCGACAGCGGCCGCAAAGACCAAGCAACAACAGAUCGUUGCCAAUGUUGGCUCAGCUUCGAAUUUUACAUCAUUGGCGUUGCAGACUUCUUCGCAGACACUUGUGGAGGAAACAGCGAACCCAAUCUCUACUAUCGAGCAGAUUCACGAGCGGCCGAAGACUUACGUGAGCCCUUACAGUAUGGCAGCUACACAAGGUGAGGCAACACAGUUGCUGCAGGCCUCUGCAACACACCCUCCAUCUACAGAUCGUCAGACGACCCACGAUGAGUCGUCUAAACCCAAUCGCAACAGAAAGAAGUACGCUUCUCAGACAACAGAUCGAAGAGACCGGAAACGUGGGGUCCGGCUCGGCGAGGGCAACAUUCUUGUGUCACGGGCACAGCUUGUUAUGGAGAUCAUAAAGCUAGCGGGCGGUCUGUUUCCUGGCCACGGCGCUCUAAAUACUGCCUACAAGACACUAUGGCGACAGAGGCUCGCGAAGAAGGCCAGCGAAAUAUCCAAGGUGCCUGAUCAUAAGACAAUUGGUCGUGCCGUUAAAGACUUGGUCCACAAUUCACAGUUGGUUAAGAUGGUGUUUUCGUUUACAAAGAAUGGGAUCACUGCACAACGCGGGAUUGUAGCUCUUCCACAUUUUCGACCAAAUUCGCCAGAGAUCCGUCAACUGCAGAUGAGGAUCAUCGAGCGGUAUCCUGAAACCUACUUUCCUCCUGCUAUCCAUCAUCUCAUACCUCCUAGCAAAAUUGUAGGAGGCUCACGUGGACACUAUAGAGAGGUAUUGCCUAUUAAUCAAGACGUUGCAGUCGAAAUAAAGCAUCCUUUCAAGAAAGAUCUUUUGCGCGAAGAGAAGCUUUUUGAGAAGACCCAGAAGCGCAAGGAAGAGACAGCUCAAAGAAAGGCCCGAAAGAAAGAAGAAAAGCAGCAGGCCAAAGAGGCACGAAAACGUCAUCGAAAUUCGAAAUCGACCUCGAAGGUGAAAGCAAUAGACGGUAGGCACAGAAGCGAUGUGGACGGAGUGGAUACGCGCAUGCGCCCAACACACAAUGUUGUGAUGCCUCAGAUGCUUACCUACCAGGGCAUCACUCUGCAAACAGAAGACGUUGAUCAUAUAUGGAUGCCAGACAGUCGAGCUGAAUUUGAGAGGCUUCGAAGAGACGUGGACGAGGUAUCAGAUGAUGAUAGCUCGCUCGAUGGCGAUCCCAGCCGCCAAGCGCUGGUUCAGGAUGCAGGCUUGGAGUAUAUUCAAACUCGGGUGGGGGAUCUCCCCGUGGAGCGCACUGUUCUACCACUCGUGUAUAGGAGCCGCGGGUUUGAUUUCGCCAGUUAUGUGCCUCAAGCAGACCUGUCAAAGUCCUUACUUCUACCGAAAAUCUCGCGUCACGAGUCGACUGGUACGUAUGGCACGUCAUACGAACCAUGGCGAUACGCAUACGAUAUGCGAUUCCUGAAGGACGAAACCGAGCACGCUUUCUGGGAGGCUGGUAUGCCUCAAGAACUGUCAGACAUCCAGUUGUCAAAAACCUACCAACAGAAAAACCAUGGACAAGAGCAGGAAACGAGUCGUGCAAGGUUCAAUAGAAUAAUUGAUGGUGUCUGCAACAGAGAGUGCAGAGAUGUACGCACGAGCAAGUAUGUUUUCUACACUGAUGAAGACGACUUACUACACAAUCCUUUGACUCCACGCCUACGAACUCCUCGAUUCAUAAACCAUACAAUCCCUACGGGCACACAAGUGCUUGCACCGUACACAGAGCCCAAAUGGGGAGGGCCGAGCAAUGAUGGCAGUCCGCCACAGCUCAACACGGAUGGCAACGUGCACUGGAACCACAACGAUAGCUUUACGUGUGUCUUCCCGGACAAACCUCCAGACGAGUACUUGAGUCCAGAGUGGAAAGCCUUCAGUAAUGAGAUGAAAGCGCUGAGCGCAGCAAUGUAUCCACCAAAGCCUCCGCCCAGGAAGCGCGAGAGAAGCAGAUAUAAGCGCCGCAAGAGGCAUAUCACGAAUUUAGUAGAAGCCCUUACGAAAGAAAAGGCGCCACCAGCAGCUAAAGCACGGAAAAAACGUGCUCCUGAGUUGAAGAAACGCAAGAAGUUCGGCCCCAGGAACAGUCAAUUUGUCGUGAAUGCCAGGGAUAUGAAGAAGCUAUUGUAUGCGGCAGUCGUGGUGAAGGUCAUUGCAGGAGGUACCCGAGCGGCCGUUCCAUGGCACCUCAUUUAUUAUAUGUUCAGGUUCCAUGAGAAUCUGGAUCUCAUGGUGCUCAAAAAUCGACUAUUGUGGAUGGACCAUCACUACAGCGACCUGUUUCAAAAGCUGCAAGACAACUUUAGAGAAGCUUUCAUUCCGGCGUACGAAAGGGGUGAGGUGCCUGAACUGGACUUCCAGGAUCUUGAACAUUACGACUGGGAUUUCAUUCUAGAUUGGGCCAUGAAUAAUCUACAUGUCCAGGAAAACGCACCGGAUCUACCACAGAGUCGGGACGCCUUCAUUGAGAUGUACCAGGUCGAAGAACUUCCAGCAGAGUAUCUGUCACGGCAGAAAGCUAGGUUCUUCAAGGCAGAUGAGAUGAUGGGUAAUCGCCGUGCGGCGGUGCACUCGUUACCAUUCUCGGCUUUGUUGGAAACCACACAACUCAAGAUCAAUGAGAAGCAUGUUCGACAUGAGGCAGACGUUGCACUGGGCAAGUCAUGGCUUCGAGCAAACACAACAACACCGAUGGCAAUGUACGACAAAUACGGUGCAAUGACCAAGCUAUCGGAGCUUGGCGAUGCUCUAGCACAGAUGAGUGUCAACGCACUGAUUCGUGAGAAGGUAUUUGCGCAUCGCACGAAGGGUAGAACUAUGGUUCCAGGGCGCAAUUAUCAUUUCACGAACCAGUUUGAGAAGGCUCUACGCGCUGAUGUUGCACCUGGUGCUUUGACUGCGGCAGUCAGGUACAAGCUAGAACUAGAUGAAGCAUUCACUGGAUUAGGAGAUACUACUGUCGAGGAAGCAGCAGAGGAUCAAGACGGCGAUAUUGUCAUGAUUAGCGAACGAUCAGUCGCACCUCGAGCAUUCCCUAUCAGCCAAAUGAUGAAGACACACGUGGCGAUCGUCAACCUCAAUCUCCUUGCCUCCCACCGCAUUAGGAUCUCGCCUGAACUGCCUCGAUUCUCAAAUGAGAUGCCAUUCGACCGAGGACCAGGGAUCUUCAUCAGCAGAUGGGGAUUUGCACAAGGGCAUUACAGCACACGCAAGCUCCCACGUGAAGCGUUCCAUUGGCCACUCAGUGUUACACCAACAGACCAAUACAAAACGGGAAUCAAGCAGGUCCCUGUGCCGCCGUCGACCAAAGACUGCAUGAGCGUUGCUCGGGCAGAUUAUCUCCAGAAGCGGUCCCCUCGCUUGCAGCAGAAAGAGCACAUCCCCCUCUGGCGCACACUCAACGACCAGAUGAUUCCGCACUGGUGGGCACGUUUUACGGCUUGCGUAUUGAACAUCCUCGCGACGCGUGCGUCAAUCCGAUCAUCACAUAUUGUCAGCAUUCUGAAUGGGUAUUUGGACGUGACGGAAGUAGAGGUAGCGCUUGCAUGGCUCGAAACCAACGGCGUAAUCAAGAAGAUGCCAGAAUCAAGUUGCUGGGUGUUACAAGAGGAGUGGUGGAGUAUCCUAGGUGGCGAUGUGCAGGAUUAUGGACCAAAAGAUGACAGAUGGGUCAGAGAUGUGGAACUCAAGAUUGUGGAAGACGGUGUGGAGAGGACUGCGGACGAUCUGAGCAAAGCGUCCGUCGGCAAAAAGGGACUACUGCGUGGCCGUGGGGAUGUACGAUAUGGUCAUGCGGAUAACAACGCGAAGACAUGAGAGAGAUGGUAUGAAAAGUGGGAAAAGAAGAGGACCAAACACGAUGCUGGCGAGGCUGUAGUCGAUGCAUCAUAGCAGGAGAUCUUUGUACAAUUAGUGAUGACGGGGAGGGAACAUGCGCAGGUUAUACAUAUAGUAUAUAUGUAUACCUUUGCAGGCUAACUGGCCUUCAGUCCACAAGACUGACGGCAAUCACUCAAAGAUAGGGUCGACACAUUUCACGUGCCUAUAGAUGAUGGCACUUCAACAUGAUCAACAAAUGCUGAACAUAAUGAAGUCAAAAUAGAGCACC